AUGACUGGCCAACGGGCGAUGCGAGCAGCGGCGCAACAGACCCUGAGCGCGGCCCAUUCAGCAGAAGCUUCGGUAGCCUUCUCGGAACACAGUCGUUCCGCAGAAGCUGCCGGGUAUGCAGAGGUCAUAGCUCAUAGCUAUCGGGAGCACGGUGCAGUGUUAUUGAGACUGCUUGGUUGCGGAUAUACGCAGCUGGAAAGCUCGGCUGAGGCACAAGUGGUUGGCUCGAACAAGCCAUGUCUCUCUGGACUGCAGAAUAACGGCCCUGCUGUAUCAGCGUACCCUGAGCUCUCCCCCUAG